CCCAAACGAAAAAACCCUCCCCCACAGCCAAAAACCGAAAACAAAAAACCAAACACCAACUUCCUCCACCGAGGGAGAGAAACUCGGCAGCCAAGUUUCCGAUUUUCAAUUUCCUGGGAAAUAGGGUAGACUGGAAGAACGUGUUGCGAGUGAAUCAAUGAGAGGAGAGAUGAUGGUCUUUCCUUCUCUUUCCCCGUUCUCAACCUUGUCUCCCUUUCGUCUUCCAAUGGCGGAAACCUGACUUCCUGAAAACCCUUGAUCUUGUACAUGUAAUCCUCCCUACAUUAGCUCUACCUUCCCCCCUUUCGAUCUCCCUUCUGUUUACCCCUAACUAACUAUGUCGCGCGACCAACCUUCUUCCUCCCCUCCUAACCCGAUCUCUCCUUCCCAAACCCCUAAACCCGCCGACGACUCCCACGGCGAGACCGACGGCGCCGUCGCCGGUAAACCCCAGCCUACCGACCCCGCUACUCCCACUACCUACCGCACUAAUCGCCCUUCUCGCGCUUGCACGCUCCGCGCUGCUGCUAAGCUGCAGCAGCAGCAGCAGGCUAAGCAGAAGCCCAAGAAGGACCACCGCCAGCAGCAGCAGCGGCGGCGGCGGCAGGAGGAGGAAGAGGGGGAUGAGGACCAGGAGGAAGACGAUGAAGACGGCGGAAGUGGGGAUGAGGCGUCGCUUCAUAGUAAGGACCAAUGUAGUAGUGGUGCCAGUAAGAUUGUGACUUCCUUGGUGGCUCCUCCGGAGCCCGCUCAAUUGCCCCGGUGGAACCUCCGCUCCAUGUGGGAAUUGGCUUCAGUACUCAAUUUCUUGCAUGUCUUUAGACCCUUGUUGAACAUCCAAGUUGAAUUCUCGGCCGAGGAGUUUGAGACGGCUCUUCUCUCACCCAAUGACACAUUGGGGGAGAUACAUAUGCCAUUGUUAAAGGCAAUACCUCCUAUUACUCGGACGGCUCUUACUCGGGAUACAUGGGUUACAGUUUUGUGCAGAAAACUAAGGGACUGGUGGCAUUGGGUUGCAGAUGGAGAUCUUCCAUUAGUUGCUUCACAUGGGGCGGAGGUUGAAGCAUAUAAAACACUGGAGCCUGCUGUUCGUGUGGUGAUCCUGAAGGCAUUAUGUGAUAUUCGUGUUGAGCAAGAAGACAUACGGAACUAUAUUGACAGCUCUAUUAAGCAUGGUGCUCAACUGCUACUGUUCCGAAAAGAACGUGUUGGGGGUGAUUCUCAGGGGAUAAAUUACUGGUAUGAACCUGAUGAAAUAGUAGGCCACCGGUUAUACCGGGAAAUAAGAACAGCAGAAGUGCAGACAAAAGGGAAGACAAAAGGUUCCAAAGUCCUUCCUUCUACAGUAUACCAGUGGGAAACUGUUGCGACGAAUUUUGAUGAAUUUGUGGAUGUCUCUGAGAAGCUUUUUACCAGUAAAAAUAGAACAGAGGCUUCAUUAGGGAAGAAGCUAAAAAAUGACUUGCUCCAGGACAUUGAGAAGGUUCAUAAGAGGAAAGAGCGUUUGAUGAAGAAGCAACACAGACAAGCUCUACUCUUAGAUAACUAUAUGCAUGUGGAUGGGCUAGCAGCAGGUCGCUCCCUGCGUGAUAGAAAGCCUGUUACUUACACUUUCGAUGACUAUGACCGAUCAAUAAAUGAGGCCAUCAAAGUAACCAAGAACAAACCUUCAUCCCCUGAGCAUGGUCACAGAAGAGAAGGCAUGUUCAGACCUGAAGCUUCUGCAAAUGGUAGAUGGGGUGGUCCAUCAAAUUCAACAGCAGCUCAUCAUGGCAGCUCUUUCAGUGCCAUGUCUCCCCUUUCAUCUGAUUAUGAUUUCGUUGAUAGUGAUCAAAAUAAUAAUAAAGAAGAUGAAUUGGAUCGAGGCAACAGACGCCGACAGAGGCCACAGCGGUAUUCAGAAAGAGAUUAUGUGGAGGCUAUCUCAGACAAUGAACACGACUUUGAUAGUGAUGAUGAUAUUGUUGGGGAAGCUGUUUAUGAUGAUGAGUAUUUGAAGAAGAGAAAAAUGAGGAAGCUCUCAAGUAGCUCUGAAGGAGAUGAUGAAUACAAGUUGGAUGGAGAAAAUGGCGAGGAGGAAGAGGAAGAAGAGGAGGAGGAUUCCUUGAGUGUUAGUGACGAGGAGAGCGAUGAUCCUCAUAACAAAUUCAAGAAGUUAGCAGCAGGGCGCACUAGGAGAGAGACCAAGUUGAGGUUGGUUGGGGAUCUUCAGUCAGGUUUAAGACGCAGCAAAAGGUCUACAAGAAACCGGAUUAAUUACAAGCAGUACGAGCCAUCAGAUUCAGAGCCAGAAGCUGCAAAACAACGUGAUAACCACUCUGGUGCCAGUGAGAAUGGAGAGUUCUCAGCUGGAAGUCAAGACUUAGAUGAUGGUAAUGAAGAGGAGGGGGUGGAGAAUGUUGAUGAUGAUGAUGAUGAACAAGAUAUGAAAGUAGAUGAUCAGCAGCCUGUUGAAGGGUACAUGGAAGGGUACUCUGAACCGGCAGUGAAAGAAGAAAGUAAGCCACCUGAGAAAUCAAGUAGCCCACCACCGCCAGGUGGUCAAGAUGAUGCGAUUGGAGUAAAGAAAACACAGUUCCUCGAUCUAAACGAAAUGGCUCCAGGUUCUGGGUUUGAUGAUGGUCCGAAUAUACUAAUGAAAGAUGAAGAAAAUAGAGAUGAUUUUUGAGCUCUCCCCCUUCCCCAUAUUAGGGUUUCUUGAUCUCCCCUGGGAAAAGCUCAGUGUACGAUAGCGGAAAGAGCUUUGUUAUAAAUUUUGGAUUGUCCAUCCAUGGUGGAAAAAGGUCAGGUCAGGGAUAAGGAUUUGGGUUCUUCUUCCAUGGUGUGUUAAUCAAGCUACUACCUCAAUGCAAAGAAUACGUUCAUUAGAAGGCUCGGUUUGCAGCAGCAAUGGCAAGCAACUUGAUUGAAGGUGAGAGUCGGCAUAUCAUGUAGAUUAGGACAUUAGGUAACCAGUUUCUUCUUUCUUUCUUUUGUUUUUGCCUUUUUGGGUUCCCCUGGUAUUUCUACGUCAAUAGAAUAGAAGUGAAACACCAAAGGAUGAAAGAGAGAGAAUUUGUGGGGGGAAGCCGUAAACUUGUCUGAAUCAAUCAUUCUACAACUAUCCCUUAACCCCAAAGAUUGUAACUUUGAAAACAAUUUGCCGUCCCCUACGCCGGUGGCGGCAGCCGCCGGUAGUACUAUCGCUUCAUCACCACUGGAUUCGCAGAAUCCCUUAACAAGUUCUAUUUCAUAACCCUCUGACCUCUGUGAACGAUUUUCCCUUCUCUUUCUGUCGUCUGUGAUCUUGUUUAUGACUGUGGUCUUCACUAUUUGAAAAUGGCGGUUACAUUGCAUAUAUUAAAAAUCUGCCCUAAUCGGACAAUCUAGUGAGGGGCUACACCAUUUUCCGGCGAACCAUUAACCAUGCCAACUACUUUCUUCUCCUUCUCUUCCACCAGCUUCCUCGCCGCAGCCACCUCCCUCUCCAUCUCAGCCGCUUCCUUAGCCUCCUCCAUAGCCAGAAUCAACCUUGACAGACAAGUAUCCGCAUCAUCCAAAGGCGAUUUCGGCAUCAGAUUCUCAGCAACAUCAGCAGGGGUGAUCUUCAUCUCCUUCAUCAGCCUCUCCACGGUCGCGAACAUCGGAUGAUCGUCGCCUUCUUCUUCGUCCAGCUUCAGAUAGUUCCUCGCCAGCACUUUAAACGCCUCGAAGCUGCAGUAAGAAAGCUCUAUAUGCUUGUCCAUCCUCCCUCUCCGUAUCAGAGCCGGAUCCAGCUUCUCGACGUAAUUCGUCGUGAACACAAUCAGCCUCUCCCCUCCACAAGCUGACCAUAAUCCGUCAAUGAAAU